AUGAAGUUCGCGUUCUCUUUUUUGGCGGCGGCACUCUCGCUGGGUAGCGCGCUGGCCUCGAAUGUCAUCGAACUCACCCCCGACAACUUCGAUGCCGUGAUCGGCCAGGGCAAACCAGCACUCGUUGAGUUCUUUGCGCCCUGGUGUGGUCACUGCAAGAACCUCGCCCCAAUUUACGAACAACUCGCCGAUGCGUAUGCGCACGCGAAGGACAAGGUCGUCAUCGCCAAAGUAGAUGCAGACGGCGUCGGCAGACCACUGGGGAGCCAGUACGGCGUGACGGGCUUUCCUACUCUCAAGUGGUUUAACGCGGCCGGCGGUGAGCCGGAGAAGUACGAGGGUGGCCGGGACCUUGACGCCCUCGCCAACUUCGUCACCUCAAAAUCUGGUGUGAAGUCUCUCAUCAAGCCUCCUCCACCGCCUGCCUAUAAGAUUCUGGACUACAGCAACUUUGACGAUGUUGUCGUCAACUCAGACAACAACGUCCUUGUCGCGUUCACCGCACCCUGGUGCGGUCAUUGCAAGAAUCUGAAGCCGACAUGGGCCGAGAUUGCGAAGGAUUUCGCGUCGGAGUCUCAGUGCAUUGUCGCAAACGUGGACGCCGACGCCGCGCCGAACAAGCCGCUCGCGGAGAAGUACGGCGUGCAAAGCUACCCCACGCUCAAAUUCUUCAGCAAGGGCCACAAAGACGAGCCUGAAGACUAUGACGGCCCGCGCUCGGAGGAGGCCUUCGUUGAGUUCCUGAACGAGAAGUGCGGCACGCAACGCGCGCCGGGCGGCGGGCUCACCGAGCUCGCGGGUCGCCUGCCCGAGUUCGACACGCUCGCGUCGCAGUUCGUCGCCGCGGCGGGCGAGGCGCGGGAUGCGAUCUACAAGGACGCAUCUGCGCUCGCGGCGAGCGUCGGCCCCACGGCGAGCCACUACGUGCGGGUGAUGGAAAAGGUCGUGAACGGGAGCGAAGAGUACCUUGAGAAGGAGACGAAGCGAUUGACGUCGAUCCUGCAGAAGCGCACGCUCGCGCCGGCGAAGUUGGAUGAGCUCAAGGUCAAGGCGAACAUCCUUGGCGCAUUCAAGAAGGUUGAGGAGGUCGUGGCGCGGGCGACAGCGGAGCUGUGA